GAGACGCCCUUGCAGUGGCCAGCCAGGCCCAGGGGAGACCCACACUCUGACGGCUGCUGCCCAGCCGGCUCCUGCUGUGAGCCCACCCGCCUCCUGGUGCAGGAAUGGUGGCUUCGGGACGGCCCUCGGCAGGUGGAAGUGGUGGAAGGCUGCCAAUGCAACGCCAGCCCAGAGGAGGAGUGCCUCCGGUCACCCGCCCUGAAGACCUUCUUCCCCGACUCCCCUCUGGAGCAGACCCUGGACGUGGGCAGGUGUGCCGGCCCCCCACCCUCCCAAGGUGGGCCCUUCUGUGUGCCAACAGGGUUCGACUGGGUCCUCCUGCAGGGCCCCAACGGGAAGCACCUGGUCCGGACUCUGGGGGGCUGCCAGGGCCAAGGCGCCUCUUGCUACCGGGUGCCCCAUUUGGAACUCUACUCGGAGGUGGUGCUGGACGCGGACGGGAGGAAGAGAGAGCAACAGAAGGAAAUUGAUCUGGGAAGGUGCUUAGGACAAUGUUCAAGGGGCCCAGGGGGGCCGAGAGCCGCUGCCAGCCACUGCAUCCCUCAUGGUUACGAAACAAAGACUUUCCAAAGCCGGACUGGGGAGCUGCGCAGCCUCUUUGUCAUCCAGAUCUGCAGAUGUGGAGCCAAACGUUCGGGAGACGCCAGGCUGCCCCACCUCUGGAGCGAAAAGAAAUGA